AUGAUUACACAGCCAACUUUUAAUAAAAACAUCCGUUCAAGAUUAUCGCUAAAUGAAUCUGAUGGUUCCAGAUAUAUUUCAGUGUUACAAGCUUACAAGCACAAAAAGUACAAGAUCGGUGACCUUUUCGGUACUGCAAACCGAGCUACGCAAAACUGCGAACAAAACAAUCUUCAAUUAGGUAAUUUGCUCACUUACGCUUGUCGAAACGUUGCUGAUUCAGUAGCUUGUGCAGCUGGAUUUUUGCAAGCUGUAAGAGCUAACAGUAAUCAACCCUCAAUUGCUCUAUUGGCUCUAUAUAGCAGUAGGUUUUUCUCAGGCACGCAAUACAAUAAUUGUAUUGCUAAUAUUGAUGGAGCGACAACUACAAGCAAUGGGAUUUGUGCUGAUGGAUUUUGCGACUUCGUCAGAUGCAUCAGGAGAACCAAUUCGGAAAUAUUGAUAGCUGACUGUUACGCGAUGGCAAGUCAGGAUAAUCCGGCCGAAGAACAAGGAGACCAAGUCAUCCUUUACAAGAACAUCACUUCUUGCAUUUUAGCUACCGCACGAUGUGCCAAGAUUAAUCCAAUCACAGGACAGCCUCAGACAAAUCGUUUAACUAACAUCAGAUAUGGCUUUUACGGAAAUCAACUAACUUCUGUUCCACUCUACAAUGCUUUGCAAAUUAAUCCUGCAGGUGAUCUUAGGAUUAUAGCCCUACCUGCCACCACAUCCAUCCAAAACUACUUUUGUCCCCGGGAAGUUAAUUUAAGAGAAUCUUCCUGGAUGGAAUAUGAUUGCUGAAUAAUUUUUUCGAAUAUACUAUAAAAUGUU